AUGGCUUCAAGAAUCGACGAUCUGGCUAAGGUCGAUGCCUCCAAAGAAACCUGGACAAUUGUUGCCAAAGCCAGUCAUCUAUGGCUUAGUCCAAGCCUAUAUGGCUCAAAACUACCCUUUUCAAAGGACAUGAUACUUAUGGAUGACAAGUCUUCCCUAACUGAGGGAAAAGUAUACCAGAUUUCCUACUUUGGUGUGGGCGAGAGAAGACGUGAUUUUCGCCCGACCGAGCAUCCAUUCAAGAUCAAAUUUGAUAUUCAGACUUCUGUACGACUACUACCUAACAAGGCUAUCAACAUAACGCCGUACUCUUUCGUUCCACUUGCUGACAUUAUGUAUAAGGACCUUGAUACAUCGUUCCUUAUAGAUGUAAUUGGAAUUCUAACGGGCGCAAGUGGAGAACAAGAGUUCGAAAAGAAUGGUACUAAACAGAAGAGGAUAACUAUAGAACUUGAUCAAGAUGGGGUUCGUGUUGAAUGUGCUUUUUUCGGGAAAUAUGUUUCUGAGGUCAUUGGUUAUAUUUCAUCGGUUGAUGCAACCAAUGCUGUCAGUGUUGUAAGAUCAAGCCAUUCAAAGAUUCAAGAAGUUGCCCCUCUCCGUGCUCGGUAA